AUGGCUACCACUUCUACUAUGUUCAUGUACAGCUUGACUGUCCAACCUCCCACUGCCAUCACCCAAGCUAUACUUGGACAGUUCGCGGGAACAAAAGAGCAGCAGAUAGUUACAGCUUCUGGAUCGCGUCUCACGCUCCACCGACCAGAUCCCUCCCAGGGCAAGAUCCUCACCGCGCUUUCCCACGAUGUCUUUGGAAUAAUAAGGGCUAUCGCAGCUUUCAGGCUCGCUGGGAGCAAUAAGGAUUACAUUAUAAUUACGUCCGACUCGGGACGAAUUACCAUCGUCGAGUUCCUUCCGGCACAGAAUAGAUUCAGCCGUUUACACUUAGAGACAUUUGGAAAGUCUGGAGUGCGCCGAGUCAUUCCUGGCCAAUACCUGGCUGUGGACCCUAAAGGCAGAGCAUGCCUGAUAGCUUCUGCGGAGAAGAACAAGCUAGUUUAUGUGCUCAACCGUAAUUCACAAGCCGAGCUCACAAUCUCCUCUCCUCUAGAAGCCCACAAAGCCCAGACCUUGGUGUUUGCGUUAGUGGCAUUGGAUGUGGCGUUUUCGAAUCCAGUUUUUGCCGCCCUCGAAGUCGAUUAUGGAGAAUCAGAUCAAGAUCCAACCGGUCAGGCAUAUGAGGAAAUCGAAAAGACUUUGGUUUACUAUGAGCUUGACCUCGGAUUGAACCAUGUGGUUAGGAAGUGGGCAGACCCUGUAGAUCGAACCGCCACUAUAUUAUUCCAAGUCCCAGGUGGUCAAGAUGGCCCUAGUGGAGUUUUGGUCUGUGGGGAGGACAAUAUCACGUAUCGACAUUCGAAUCAGGAAGCAUUCCGUGUUGCUAUUCCUCGACGGCGUGGUGCGACCGAGGACCCCCAGAGAAAGCGCUCGAUUGUGGCUGGAGUUAUGCACAAGCUGAAGGGUGCAGCUGGUGCAUUCUUUUUUCUUCUCCAAACCGAAGAUGGCGAUCUUUUCAAAGUCACUAUCGAGAUGGCAGAGGAUGACGAUGGAGCUCCUACUGGGGAAGUACAACGCUUGAAGAUCAAGUACUUUGACACCGUCCCAGUUUCUUCAAGUCUGUGCAUCUUGAAAAGUGGAUUUUUAUUCGUUGCUAGCGAGUUUGGAAAUCACCAGUUCUACCAAUUUGAAAAGCUUGGGGAUGAUGACGAGGAAAUAGAAUUUACCAGCGACGACUUUCCAGUUGACGCGACGGAACCUUAUACGCCUGUCUAUUUCCACCCUCGGCCGGCUGAGAAUUUGAGUUUAGUUCAGAGCGUUGACUCUAUGAAUCCCUUGAUGGACUGCAAAGUAGCCAAUCUCACAGACGAGGAUGCUCCCCAGAUCUACUCGAUAUGUGGUACAGGAGCUCGAAGCACAUUUAGAACUUUGAAGCAUGGGCUGGAAGUCAACGAAAUCGUAGAAUCAGAAUUGCCCGGGGUGCCUUCAGCUGUCUGGACCACAAAACUUACCCGAGAUGACACUUUUGAUGCUUACAUCAUUUUAACUUUCACCAAUGCUACCCUCGUCCUUAGCAUUGGAGAAACCGUCGAAGAGGUGACUGAUACUGGCUUUCUAUCAUCCGCGUCCACCCUUGCAGUACAGCAGCUUGGCGAAGAUGGGUUGAUCCAAGUUCACCCGAAAGGAAUUCGGCAUAUUAGAGCGGACCGCCGCGUCAACGAAUGGGCUGCACCUCAGCAUCGGUCUAUUGUCGCUGCUACGACUAAUGAACGACAAGUGGCUGUUGCCCUCAGUUCUGGCGAGAUCGUCUACUUUGAGAUGGAUUCGGAUGGGUCGCUUGCAGAGUACGAUGAAAAGAAAGAGAUGACUGGGACGGUAACAUGUCUGAGUCUUGGAGAGGUCCCCGAAGGUCGUGUUCGAAGUAAUUUCUUGGCCGUAGGCUGCGACGAUUCUACUGUUCGUAUUCUGAGUCUCGACCCGGAUUCGACACUGGAAAACAAAUCAGUUCAAGCCUUGACCUCGGCUCCUUCUGCUUUAUCGAUUAUGGCUAUGGCGGACUCUUCAUCUGGAGGCUCUACCCUUUACCUUCACAUCGGACUCUACUCCGGCGUUUACCUUCGAACAGUGCUAGACGAAGUCACUGGUGAACUCUCCGACACGCGAACCCGUUUCCUCGGCCCCAAGCCGGCAAAGCUUUUCCGUGUCUCUGUACAAGGACAAACUGCAGUACUUGCUUUGAGCUCAAGGCCAUGGCUUGGAUACUCGGAUCCUGUUACAAAAGCUUUCAUGCUUACUCCUCUGAACUAUCCUGGUCUCGAGUGGGGUUGGAACUUCAGCAGCGAGCAAUGCACCGAGGGUAUGGUUGGUAUCCAAGGACAGAAUCUAAGGAUCUUCUCCAUCGAGAAGCUCACCGACAACCUUCUCCAAGAAUCAAUCCCUCUAACCUACACACCCCGCCAAUUCGUGCGACACCCUGAACAUCCAUACUUCUAUACCAUCGAAUCCGAAAACAACGCCUUAUCACCUGCAACAAAGGCUAAGUUGCUCGAGGACCCUGCCAUUGUUAAUGGCGAUGCUGCAGUGCUUCCUCCUGAGGAGUUUGGCUAUCCCCGAGGACGAGGUCACUGGGCCUCUUGCAUCUCCAUCGUAGACCCUAUAACCGAAAAGAGCGUCCUCCAAAAGGUGGAUCUUGAUGACAAUGAAGCAGCAGUCAGCAUGGCCACUGUCUCAUUUGCAAGUCAAGAAGAUGAGGUUUUCCUAGUUGUUGGAACGGGUAAAGAUAUGAUUGUUAGUCCACGAAGUUCAACGGCAGGAUUUAUCCACGUUUAUAGAUUCCACGAAGAUGGCAAGGAAAUCGAAUUUAUUCACAAGACAAAAGUUGAAGAACCACCAAUGGCACUUCUGGGUUUCCAGGGCCGAUUGCUAGCUGGCGUUGGCAAAGACUUGAGGAUAUACGACCUUGGUAUGCGCCAGCUUCUGCGGAAAUCACAAACAGAGGUUGUCCCUAAUCUGAUCGUCGGAUUACAAACGCAGGGAAGUCGUAUUGUCGUGAGCGAUGUUCAAGAAAGCGUCACAAUGGUCGUAUACAAGUUUCAAGAAAACAAGCUCAUCCCAUUCGUCGACGACACCAUUGCUCGUUGGACAUCCUGCACAACCAUGGUAGACUACGAGACUGUUGCUGGUGGCGACAAAUUCGGCAAUCUUUGGCUUCUCCGAUGUCCUACAAAGGCAAGUGAGGAAGCUGAUGAGGAAGGAUCGGGAGCGCACUUACUUCAUGAACGACAAUACCUUCAAGGAGCACCUCACCGAUUAGCAUUGAUGGCUCAUUUCUACCCCCAAGAUAUCCCCAUGAGCAUCCAGAAGACUAAUCUGGUAGCCGGUGGGCGCGAUUGUCUGCUAUGGGCUGGUCUCCAAGGCACACUUGGUAUCCUUAUCCCAUUCGUAGGCCGAGAAGACGUAGAUUUCUUCCAGACCUUGGAGCAACAUAUGAGAUCUGAAGAUGCGCCACUAGCAGGAAGGGAUCACCUCAUCUACCGAAGUUAUUAUGUACCGGUCAAAGGUGUCAUUGAUGGUGAUUUGUGCGAACGAUAUACCCUGUUGCCGACGGAUAAGAAGCAGAUGAUUGCGGGGGAGUUAGAUAGGUCUGUUAGGGAGAUUGAGCGGAAGAUUUCUGAUAUCCGAACGAGGUCAGCAUACUAA